UGAAAACACAACUUUUACUGCAUCAAAAGCCCAGCUGUGCAGUAAUAUCCGUAACGAGUCUGAACGUGAAACGAAGUGGGGGCCUGAGGCUGGUUUUAACACGGAGUGAUGAGUCCUCGCAGGCAGCUGGGAGGAGCUCGGUAUCGUCACGCAGGUUUGGGUGACGCUGCUGUUGGGGAGCUGUCCCGGCAAGCGUGGUGCUGAAACCGCAGCGCCAGCCAGCCUGCAGAGCAGAGCCACCGAGAGAGACUCCGGGCAACAGCGGCAGUCCUGGGAGGCAAAACCUGACUUAUCUGCGCUAGGAAAGCUGAGCCUGCAGCUCCGUGCUUGGAUUAUAAUCCGUUUCUCUUCUAAACGCUGCUGGAGGCGAGCACGACUACUAGGGGAGACGAGGAUGGGUGAGGAUUGAGUCGAGUUGUGCUGGAAGUGCAGCCAGCCUCACGGGAUGAAGAUGUGAAGUAGCCCGCACGCAAAUAUGCUGAAGCUACGCGUAUGUUUUACUACGAGCGUGUGAGAAAGGAUGCAGCGAGCAGAAAUCAAUAGAGCAGAAGUGCUGGAAAGUAGGUGAGGACGUUGUUCACUUCGCAUUGACUGGACUGGAGCCGGCUGCUUUUCAACCUGGAGACUCCUUAGGCUAUACAACAUGCUCAUGUUGCAGAAAACAAAACAGUGUGACAUUUUAUGUGGCAUGGUUUUCGUUUUUCUUAGGUUAGCAUCAUAACUAUGUUACCAUUCGUGGGACCGGUGCCUGGAAAUCUGGAUUACUCAUUGAUUAAUAGCAUUGAUUUCUCUUCUGACUGAAUCCCAUGGCUUCUGACACCUGCUUACAUUCGUGCAAUCCAUAUCUACUGGAAAUUAAUGUUGGACAAAGUCUGUGGGUCUGAGGGACAAUGAAACUUGAAGCCAAGUUAAAAUAAACAUUCACACAGAAGUGAAGGACAUCAAUGACCAGCACGUUUGUAGCUAUUUAAAGGAAUACUGGGAAAUAUACAUAUCCUUUUCUACCUUCUUCACAGAGAGUUUCUCUAAGAACUGAUAGUCACCAGCACCACUGGCCAUCGUUUUUUUUACUCAAGAGGUGGAUGCUGAGUGGCCCCGGCAUGCUGAAGGGCCGCUGCUGUGUUCUUUUCAGUGACCUGAAGGUGCUGCUGCUCAGGCCACAGGCCUCUCAGGUCCCGCAGGCUCAACAAGCUCCACAGGCUCCACAGUCGCCUCCUGUGCUCAGCCCCAUGAGUGGACCACCGGCCACACGCUGUGAAAGCGAAGGCAACCCCUGCUCGUGUGCAGCCAACAACAACAACACCAGCUUUCGGCUCCAGCACUGGAGCAUCCCCUCCACAGAGGGUGCAGUGGGGCCGGACGCACAAAGGGCCACAGCGGCCGAAGAGUUCUCCAAAGACAAACGAGACGAGCGCUUCUCCUUCAUCAGUUAUGCUGAGGGCACACCGGUGUGCAGGAUAUGCUUCCAGGGGCCAGAGCAGGGAGAGCUGCUUAGUCCAUGUCGCUGCAGCGGCUCGGUGCGCAGUACCCACCAGCCUUGUCUCAUUAAGUGGAUCAGUGAGAGAGGCUCCUGGACGUGCGAGCUCUGCUACUAUAAGUACCAGGUCAUCGCCAUCAGCACCAAGAACCCCCUGCAGUGGCAGGCCAUCUCCUUAACAGUAAUAGAGAAGGUCCAGAUUGCAGCAGCCAUCUUGGGCUCACUCUUCCUUAUAGCCAGCAUUUCCUGGCUGGUGUGGUCUUCUUUCAGCCCCUCGGCCAAGUGGCAGCGGCAGGACCUGCUCUUCCAGAUCUGCUACGGCAUGUAUGGCUUCAUGGACGUGGUCUGCAUCGCUCUGAUUGUCCAUGAGGGCCCUUCCGUGUUCCGCAUAUUCCAUCGCUGGCAGGCGGUGAAUCAGAAGUGGAAAGUGCUGAACUAUGAUAAGAAGAGGGACAGUGAGGAGUUGAAGGCCAGCGAAAGUGAGUGGACACUCUCUCUGCUGCAGCAGCAGGAGCAGGCCGGAGCCGCCAUAUCACCCUCCACCUCUUCUCUAAUGGCUGCUGCAGCCAUGGCAUCCCCUGAAACACCGAACGCCAUGGCAUUACACACCGACUCUACACAUAACCAUGACAAUGGGUCAGCUAUGACUGACCAUCACUGUCCUUACAACUUCCUCCAUCUCCUGAGCCACCUUCGGCCCCUCGAGCUGCGCAGCCAGCCCAGCAAUACCAGCAACAGCAGCCACCAGCCCAGAGAACUGGUCAUGAGAGUAACCACUGUGUGAACAAAAUGGGACCAUAGGCCUUAUCAUUGCACACUCUGACAGCCAAAAAAAGCACAAAUAGGUGAUUGUUUUCUUCAUAAAAACAGGAGCUCUUGUCAAAAAUGGAAAAAGCACAAUGCUGUUCCUGUGAAAAGUGCUUAUUGUGUUGGGUUGAAAUGGGCCUCCUCAGGGCUUUGGAUGCUGUGUCCUUUCUGACAGAAGAGUAGAACAUGAAUUGGUAUAGUAGAGGGGAUUACAUAAUGGGAUACCUUUGUUGUGGUACUGGAGAUUGAAAAAAAAUAAUUUCUUACAUACAGUACGGCACACAAGUCAGAGACCACCCUUUAUUCACUGAUUUUCCAGUCAAAACCGCCAUUAAGUACAAGUUAUUAAUAGGGAAUAUUUCUUAGGAGAUUAAAUAUUAAAGCUUUGAUCUUUGAGAGAGAGGAAAAAAUCAAGCUCCACUCUUGAUUCAGAUCUGAAAAAAAAUCCACAGGUGUUUCUGUCCAUCUGUCCACUGUGAGAUAAUAAUUCAAUACUAUAGGUCUGAAAGGACAUGCAGCUGUCAAGAAGCCCCUACUGACAAUGGAUUGGCCACCCCAGAGUCCAGACCUCAAUAUCUUUGAAUGUGUUUGGGAUUCCUUGGUUGGUGAGAAGCAGAAAAUGCAAAGAGUGAUGCAAAUGGUUGUUGAGAUUUCUGUGCAAUCUGCAAUUCUAACUGGAUUAAUAUAUAAUAAUAAAAAUAAUACAUGAUUUCUGCUUUUUUCUAAUGCUGAAAAGCUUGCAUUAAUUGCCAAUUUGACUGGAAAUUUAAAUAAUAAAGCAAGGUCUCAGACUUUUCACAGUACCUUUCUGACACAGCUGUGUCUCUUAAUCAGUCUGUCACACAUUUACUUUCAUGUUUAACUUACGUUAAACACAUGUUAAAUAAGUGUGAGCUCUCCAGGGAAAACAGCAUAGAAAGCAGUCCACUUGCUGAAGGUAAACAGCAGGCGGUCACCUCUGUCUCAUUCACAAAGCACAACCUGGCCAGCAUCUCCUGAAACGCUGAGAGAGCAGAUCUGCAUUAUCAUGUCUCUUCUAUGGACAUUAUGUAUUCUACAGUUCUACAGCAUAACUGCUUUCAGUCGGUUCAAAUGGUUCUCAUAAGCCUUUUCGCAAAGGGCAAGAUGAAGAUUUCUGACUCAAUGAUGAGAACUCUAUCUUACGCUUGUGGAGUGUUAAAGAAGAAAAAAAACAUUGCUGUCUCAGUCAUAUGGGUUUCCAUUAAGUGCUUAUGUCUGAUGUUCCCAAUUUUCCACCUUUAAUGAUGGUGUUUUUUGAGAUUAUUUUUGUGUUGUUGCCAUUUCACAUCUAACUGAAAAGGAAAUAAACUUCCAGUAAGCCAUUGUGAACAUGAGCAUGAAUUUUUGAAAUGGAUUUCCAUAUAAAAUGGUAAACACAAACAUAGAGGGUGUUUUGUAAGGAUUUGUAGGCACAGUCACUCCAGGCCUGCCUCCGUUUGGCUGUGUUGGAUGUGGAUGAGCAGGCGGCGCUUUUAAAAGGCCAGAAUCUGCCGAGUUUCGAACUGUCUGUCUUUGACCGCUGAAUAAUUCAAUCCAUGGAGAGCUGAUAUCAAUGGGCAAGAGGUACAAUAACAGCCUUCUUGGAAGAGGGGGGUUGUUGAGAGUUCACUAUGAAUUCAUUUGCCCCACUUCUCUUCACACUUUUCUUGAAGUCAGCGCCUUCUUGCUGCAGUGCUUUUGGAAAUGACUUGAAGUAGGAGGAGCGGAGCCUGUUUGAGAAGAGUUUAAAAGUUGAAUAUCUUUUUUUUAUUUUUAAAGGAAGAGAUAUCAAACAUAUACCAGGCGCACGCUUUGCAGUUGAGCCUUACACUUUUUUUUUAGUGUAUCAAACAUGAGAAUUGUGAAAAAAACACUGCCUUGAUCUCAGUGAUUGAACAGAGAAGCAUGGAAAAAGAAAAACCAGAGGAAAAAAUACCACAUAGCAUUCAUUUGAACAAUUGUGGUAAUCCUGAUGUACUUGUCAAAGUAAUGCACAAAUAAUGCAGUACAUUUUGACGUUUAAGGUUCCAUAUUAAAGCACUGAGGUUUACAAA